AUGGCUGCUGCAGCGCAGGACCCCCUCCUCCUGUUCCGACAGGCAAUCGCGACAGGCCAGCCCGUCACCCCCGUUGCUGGCGACUCGGCCGACGAGGCGCCUCUUUCACAAGCCACCGAGAUCCGGUUCGCAGACUCGACCGCCCUCCCCAUCGACUCGCCGACGCGGUUCCAGCCCGACGAGUCGACCACCAUCGACCUGCGGUCCAUCUACUUUGCCUGGGUGAACCGCGACCUCGCCAUCCCCGACUACAAUGCGGCCGCCACGGCGCUGAACGAGGAGCUGGCCGCCAAGGGCCUGGGCGCCACCGUGCACAAGCUCGCCUUUGUCGAGCGCGUCGACCUCAUCACCUGGCUCGAGGGCGGCGGCGAGAGCGAGUACAUCAAGAAGCUCCCCGGGGACGCCGCGCCGGCCGCCGGCGCCGAGGCCCUCAAGAGCUCCUCCCAGCAGGCCGCCGCCGCGGGCGCGCGGGCGGGCAAGGGGUCGCUCGACCCGCGGCUGCAGCAGAUCUACGCCGGGGAGCGCAAGAUGGGCGACCGCAACACGGUCCUGAGGGGCGUCAAGCCCAUCGACUUCUCGGGCGUCCGCAAGCACGCCACGCUGUUCACGUCCAGGAAGCCCGGGCAGCCGGGGCAGCAGCCGCACCACCCGUCGUCGUCGGCGGCGGCGGCGGCAGGGGGAGGGCUGGGCGGCGCGGGGCUGCCGCUCAACCAGAAGCCGGCGCGGCGGCCGGACCCCAUCAUCCUGCUGUCGCCGUCGGCGUCGUCGCUGCUGCGCAUCUCCAACGUGCGAGCGUUCCUCGAGACGGGGCGGUACGAGCUGCCGGAGAGCGGGUCGACGGCGACGAUGCUCAACAUCAUGCGGGUGAUGCGCGAGAUCGACCCGAACCGGGCGAUGCGCUUCAUCCUGGUCGAGGGCCCCGAGAACUUCAAGCCCGAGUACUGGAACCGCGUCGUGGCCGUCUUCACGACGGGCCAGCCGUGGCAGUUCAAGAACUACAAGUGGAGCAACCCCAACGAGCUCUUCCGGCACGUCCUGGGCGUCCACGUGGGCUGGCGCGGCGACCAGGUCCCGGAUAACGUCCGCAACUGGGGCCACCGCGUGCAGUGCUUCACGGUCGACAAGUGGAGGGACCCGGCGCUGCCGGGCGCCGAGGCCAGCCGGUUCCGCGACAGGGAGGUGGUCGAGAGCAUCUGGAAGCAGAUCGAGAACAACAUGAGGUCCAAGGGCUGGAGGAAGGACGCGGCCCCGGCGUCUAUCUAG